GUGUGUAAAGUGAAUGAGUGGCCGAGCGCGAGUCCCUGACGUCACUGCCCGGGGUUUCCACACAGUUCGCUGGAGGCGUCAUGGCGGAGGCCGGCAGAUAGCUAGGACCCGCGACUAAUCUACAAUACAAACAACUCGCGCGUUGAUUCACAAAGUUCGGUUUUUGGCCUGGAAUAACUUUGACGGAAUUGGGACGUUUUAAGUUAAAUAGGCGCUUGUGGAUUUUUGAGAUUGGAGAGGGAGCAACUUAAUGAACAUCAAAUCAAUUACUGAAGGCUGGAUUUUUAGAUAACAUCAGUUUCCUUCUGCAAGGGAAGAAUUUUAUUUCAUUAUUGUGACCAACCUGGAAAUGGAUGGACACAGUGACGAGGACAGUGUGAGCAACAGCAGUGGCGAUUCUAGCCAGUCUAAUGAAGAUUCUGAGUCUGGUUCUGGGUCUAGCUCAAGUAGCAGCAGUGAUGGUAGCAGUAGUCAAUCAGGGAGCAGUGACUCUGGCAGUGACUCAGAUUCUGGUAGCCAAUCUGAAUCGGAAGAGUCCAAAGGAAGAAAGGAUCAAGAAAACAAAACUUCCAGUAUUGAUGUGGCUGAGUUUUGGAAAUCGAAUCCAAGUAUUCUGACAGUUCAGCGAUCUGCCAUGCUCAGGAAACAGCAGCAGCAGCAACAUACGCAGCAGCAGAGUUCAUCAAAUUCCACAUCAGAAGGGGAUAGUGAAGACUGGCAAAUGUCUGGUUCUGGUUCCGGCUCCCAAUCAGAUUCUGAAUCUGAAUCCGGCUCUGGUUCAGAUUCUGAUUCAAACUCAUCAGAAGAAGGUGGAAUCAGUGAUGAAAGCGCCUCCGACUACGAACCCAACCAUAAAGUAAAGAGCAGAAAACCUCCAAAUAGAUUAAAUGCACGUAAUGGUAAAAAAGUCAAGUCCCAGAAAAAAAAGCAGGUAAGCUCGUCAUCUGAGGAGGAGGAUGAUGAUGAUGAUGAAUGCAAUGACAAGAAGGGCCCCCGCCGUCAGGCAACUGUAAAUGUGAGCUACAAAGAGCUUGAGGACAUGAAAACUGAUUCUGAUGACUUAGUGGAAGUAUGUGGAGAAGAUGUUCCUCAACCAGAAGAAGAUGAGUUUGAGACAUUAGAAAAAGUAAUGGAAAUGAGAAGCGGAACGAAGGGAGCUACUGGUGCAUCAACAACCAUCUAUGCAGUUGAGGCAGAUGGUGAUCCAAAUGCUGGUUUUGACCCAAAAAAGGAAGCAGGAGAAAUUCAGUAUUUAAUCAAAUGGAAGGGAUGGUCACAUAUUCAUAAUACAUGGGAGAGCGAGGAAACACUUAAACAGCAGAAUGUUAAAGGAAUGAAGAAACUUGAUAAUUUUAAGAAAAAAGAGCAGGAUGUAAAAAGAUGGCUGAAAUCAGCAUCUCCUGAAGAUGUAGAAUAUUUAAACUGCCAGAAAGAACUUAUGGAUGACCUUCACUCACAAUAUCAGAUAGUGGAAAGAAUAAUCGCUCAUUCUAAUCAAAAAUCAGCUGCUGGAUAUCCAGAUUAUUUUUGUAAAUGGCAGGGUCUUCCGUACUCUGAGUGUAGCUGGGAGGAUGGGGCAUUAAUUUCAAGGAAAUUUCAAAAAUGUAUUGAUGAUUAUAUGAGCAGAAAUCAGUCAAAAACAAUUCCAUCCAGAGACUGUAAGGUAUUGAAACAAAGGCCAAGGUUUGUUCCUAUGAAAAAACAACCUUCAUACAUUGGAGGUGAUGGUCUAGAACUUCGUGAUUACCAGUUAGAUAGUUUAAAUUGGAUGGCUCAUUCUUGGUGCAAAGGGAACAGCUGUAUUCUGGCAGAUGAAAUGGGACUAGGAAAAACCAUUCAGACAAUCUCAUUCCUCAACUAUUUGUUCCAUGAACAUCAGCUAUUUGGACCCUUCCUACUAGUUGUUCCACUCUCUACCCUUACUUCAUGGCAAAGAGAAAUUCUGCUAUGGGCUCCUCAGAUGAAUGUUGUAGUUUAUCUGGGAGACAUAAACAGCAGGAGCAUGAUUCGAACUCAUGAAUGGAUGCAUCCACAGACUAAACGUUUGAAAUACAACAUCUUAUUAACAACUUAUGAAAUUUUGCUUAAGGAUAAGACAUUUCUUGGCAAUGUUAACUGGGCCUUUAUUGGAGUUGAUGAAGCUCAUCGUUUGAAGAAUGAUGAUUCCCUACUUUAUAAAACUCUGGUUGACUUCAAAUCAAACCAUCGACUUCUAAUCACUGGUACACCUCUACAGAAUUCCCUGAAGGAACUGUGGUCCCUUUUGCAUUUUAUAAUGCCAGAAAAAUUUAAUUCAUGGGAAAUGUUUGAGGAAGAACAUGGAAAAGGCAGAGAUUCUGGAUAUACAAGUCUGCAUAAGGAACUGGAGCCAUUUCUGCUACGCAGAGUGAAGAAGGAUGUAGAAAAGUCUCUGCCUGCUAAAGUAGAACAAAUCUUAAGAGUUGAGAUGAGUGCAAUACAAAAGCAGUACUACAAGUGGAUAUUAACCAGGAAUUAUAAAGCUCUUAGUAAAGGCACAAAGGGCAGUACUUCAGGAUUCCUGAAUAUUAUGAUGGAGUUGAAAAAGUGCUGUAAUCAUUGCUACCUCAUUAAACCACCAGAAGAUAACGAUUUCAGCAACAGACAAGAUGCCUUACAGCAUCUAAUCCGGAGCAGUGGAAAGCUAAUCUUGCUUGAUAAGCUUCUGAUUCGCCUAAAGGAUAGAGGGCACAGAGUUCUUAUUUUCUCCCAGAUGGUGCGCAUGCUGGAUAUUCUUGCUGACUACUUGAAGAGCAGACAGUUUUUGUUUCAGAGAUUGGAUGGAUCCAUAAAGGGAGAAAUGAGAAAGCAAGCCCUAGAUCAUUUCAAUGCUGAAGGCUCAGAGGAUUUCUGCUUCCUACUGUCUACAAGAGCUGGUGGCCUUGGUAUAAAUUUAGCUUCAGCAGAUACUGUUGUUAUUUUUGAUUCAGACUGGAAUCCUCAGAAUGAUUUGCAAGCACAAGCUAGAGCACAUAGAAUUGGACAGAAAAAACAGGUUAAUAUUUAUCGACUUGUAACAAAGGGGUCAGUAGAAGAAGAGAUCAUUGAGCGGGCAAAGAAAAAGAUGGUACUGGAUCACCUUGUGAUUCAAAGAAUGGAUACAACUGGGAAAACUGUACUUCACACAGGGUCUGCUCCUUCAAGCUCUACUCCUUUCAAUAAGGAAGAACUUUCUGCAAUUCUGAAAUUUGGUGCUGAGGAACUUUUUAAAGAGCAAGAAGGUGAAGAACAGGAGCCACAGGAAAUGGACAUUGACGAAAUUCUUAAACGAGCUGAAACCAGAGAAAAUGAUCCUGGUCCUUCCACUGUUGGAGAAGAACUAUUAUCACAGUUUAAGGUUGCAAACUUUUCAACCAUGGAAGAUGAUGAAAUGAGUCUUGAUAGCGACAAAAAUAUGAAAAGCUGGGAAGAUAUUAUUCCUGAGGAACAAAGACGACGGCAAGAAGAAGAAGAAAGACAGAAGGAACUAGAAGAAAUAUAUUUACUGCCUAGGAUGAGGAAUUGUGCCAAACAGAUAAGUUUUAAUGGAAGCGAAGGACGUCGUAGCAGAAACAGGAGGUACUCUGGGUCUGAUAGUGACUCUGUUUCAGGCAGAAAACAUCCAAAGAAAAGAGGAAGACCUCGUACAAUUCCUCGGGAAAACAUUAAAGGUUUCAGUGAUGCUGAAAUAAGAAGGUUCAUUAAAAGUUAUAAGAAGUUUGGUGGGCCUCUUGAAAGACUUGAUGCCAUUGCACGUGAUGCUGAACUUGUCGAUAAAUCAGAAAAUGAUCUUAGGAGGUUGGCUGAAACUGUGCACAAUGGCUGUAUAAAGGCUCUAAGAGAAAGUUCAUCAGGUGCUGAGAGAACUGGGGGAGGCAGAAGAGGUAAAGUAAAGGGACCCACGUUUCGAAUUUCAGGUGUCCAGGUCAAUGCAAAACUGGUCAUGUCUCAUGAAGAAGAAUUGGCUCCUUUGCAUAAAUCCAUUCCAGCAGACGCUGAAGAUAGAAAAAGGUACAAAAUCCCUUGUCAUUCAAAAGCAGCCCAUUUUGAUGUUGAAUGGGGCAAAGAAGAUGACUCAAACCUUUUAAUAGGUAUUUAUGAGUAUGGCUAUGGUAGCUGGGAAAUGAUAAAAAUGGACCCAGAUCUAAAUUUAACCCAUAAGUUAUUGCCUGAUGAUCCAGACAAGAAACCACAGGCCAAGCAGUUACAAACAAGAGCAGACUACCUCAUUAAGCUACUAAGCAAAGACUUGGCUAGGAAGGAGAGCCAGCGGCAAGCAGGCCUGUCCAAUUCAAGGAAAAGGAAACCAAGGAAUAAAAAGAAUAAAGCAGUUAAACCAGCAAAGGCUGAAGUAGUGAAAAGUGACUCUUCACCUCCCCCUUCAGAAAAGAGUUCACAGGAGGAAGAAGAUGAAGAAGAAGAAGAAGAAAUAGAGGAUGUGGUUUCUUCAAAAUCUGUAAACAGAAGGGUAAAAACUGAAAAGGCAGAAAAAGUGAGUGAAGUGGAGUCAGAGCCUGAUAUGAUACUUAAAAAAGACCCAGAAGAAAAAAUGGAAACAAAAGGAAAGGAAAACAGAAGAGAAAAUAAAAAAGAUAAAAGAGAAGAAAAUAAAGACAAAAAGGAUUUGCGUGAGAAAAAAGAAAUUAGACCAUUAGACCAUCUUCAAAAAAAGGAUGAAAUUAAGGAAGAGAAGGUGACAGAAGUAAAAAUUGAAAUUAAAGAAAAAGUGAAGAAGGUAGCUGACACACCUGUCCACAUUACUGCAGCUGGUGAACCUGUCCCCAUUUCUGAAGAGGCAGAGGAGCUUGAUCAGAAAACAUUCAGUGUGUGCAAAGAGAGGAUGCGUCCUGUAAAAGCAGCUUUAAAGCAGUUAGAUAGACCAGAAAAAGGUCUUUCAGAGCGAGAACAGCUGGAGCAUACAAGGCAGUGCCUAAUAAAAAUUGGAGAUCACAUUACUGAAUGCCUAAAAGAAUACACUAACCCGGAACAAAUUAAGCAAUGGCGAAAAAAUCUUUGGAUAUUUGUGUCAAAAUUUACAGAAUUUGAUGCUAGAAAAUUGCACAAACUGUAUAAGCAUGCUAUCAAAAAAAGGCAGGAAAAUGCACUGGCAGCUGAUCAAAACAACAGUGGUCAGAACACUCACAGCAUUAAACAUACAGAAGUAGAAAGGCUGAAAGAGAACUCACACCAUGAUGACAGCAGUAGAGAUAGCUACACAUCAGAAAGACACCACUCAUCUCACUACCAUGAUCAUCAUAAAGGCAGACAUCCUGGAGAUUCUUACAGAAAAAGUGAUUUAACAAGAAAAAGACCAUAUUCAGCAUUUAGUAAUGGAAAGGAUCAUCGAGAUAGGGAUCACUAUCGUCAGGACAGCAGGUACUAUAGUGAAAACAAAGUCAGAAAGCUAGAAGAUCACAGAAGUAGAGACCACAGAUCAAAUAUAGAGGGAAGUAAUAGGGAUCGUGCUCCUGCAGACCAUCGAUCAUACUCGGAUCACAAAUCUCAUUUGGACCACCGAUCUAGCUCAGAUUAUGGCCAUCAUAAACCUUCUCGAGAAUACAGAUAUCAUUCAGACUGGCAAAUGGACCACAGACCUUCUGGAAGUGGGCCCAGGUCUCCAUUGGGACAGAGAUCACCGUAUGAUUCUAGAUCUCCACUUGGACACAGGUCUCCUUUUGAGUACUCCUCAGACCACAAAAGUACCCCAGAGCAGAUCUGGAGCAGUCGGAAAACAUAACACUUGUAGAAACUUCAAAAUGGAACAUUUCUUAGCCAUAAACAGCUGAACACAGUAAUUGCCUUAUGAUGACUUGAAAAUGCUGUGGAACAGCUACUUUCAGCGGUGUUUCUGCUGCUGUUCUUUCCAGGUUGUAAGGUGUAAUAUCCAAUUUAAGAAGAGUUAAUAUUUUUAUAUUUAAGAUAAUGCUGCAUCGUGUUGAAGUGUGGCAAUUUUUUCUUUGCGCGUCUUUUUAAUGAUAUUUGCUACUACACAACAAACUUGAACACUGCCCCUUCCUUCCCCUACCACACUGAAUAGCAGAAAAUAAUCUGAAUUUUUAUGUGGUCUUUGGUUUAUUUAAGACUGUUUUGCAAUGAAGACUUUUUUUUUUUGGAUGGAGUAAAUGUUUGGAAACGUCUGACAUUUAUAAUGCCUAAGAACAUAAACUGGGUUUUCACAAUGACCCAGAAGACUAUGGCAUACUUUCCAAAGUACCUGUUUACAGUGCAUUUUGUGACCACAUUGAUUUUUUCAUUAAGCUUGAAUAUUUAAAUUGUGUACGUACAACUGUAAAAUAGUCAAGAUGUUUUUGUCAGUGAUGAAUCUAAAUACUUUUUUAAAGAAUAUGUGCUACUGUAAAUUAUUGUAAAAUAGUGAAUUGAAUGAGCUUUCUUUACUCUCAGGCUUUUUUGUUUGUUUUCUCUUUCUCCAACAACUCAGGCUUUCUUAUCACAAGCAUCAAAUUUCAUCUAAAUAGUUUCACAGUGAAUCCCAGAUCAGAAUGUAACACUGGAAUAUUAGUUACCCCUCUGUCAUUGUAUAAUAGGUUUAUUUUUUUCCAUUUGGAUCAUUGUACAAGAAAAUUUUAAAGAGGUGAGAGAAAUGCAUUAUUAUUUUCUCUUCAGAGCUAUAAUCUUAUGCUAUAUUUAAAUGGCUAUUGACCAGCAUCUCCACAAAAGGUGUACGUAAUCAAUUAACAAGGCUACAGUUUUGUAACAUUUUCAUUUGUCUUUUAAAUAUAGGCAAUAAUAACACAUUCUAUGCAGUUUUUAAAAAAUAUUUAGGGCAGAGAUACUGUUAACAGGGCACUUGGAUGCAUAUAGAUAACAUCUACAUGGCAGAUAUAAGUUACACCAGUUUGCAUGAAUUUGGGUAUGUGUGUGUGAGUGUGAGAGUACACAGCAUAUCAAGUUGGUAAUGGACACUCUUCCUUAGUAUUAUAAAUUGUUUCAAAACUUAAAUUGGAUUUUUGUAAGAUGCAUAAUUUACAUAUAUGUGCACAUGUGAAAUUCUUGGUGUGAGGUACCAUUAUCACAUUUCAGGAUUCAUGAUAAAACUUAUUUAUGAUUUUUUUUUUUUUUUUUUUAUAUAAAGAUCAUAAGCCACUAAAAUAUAUCUCAGGGAUUAAAGUUAGUGCAAAACUGAGGCUGCUGUAUACCAAACAAAGUGAUCUAGAACGCAUUAUAUGUACGGAAGUAAUUUGAUGCGUUAUCAAUGUUCUCUGAGUUGUCACUGUGAACUAAAUUAAAAGUAAUUAAGAACCAGGGUGAAUCUUUGGAGUUCCAUGGUCGUGAGAAGUAAAUUAUGAACAAAUGUGCAAGUGUAUUGUAUUUUGAAAUCACAUUGGGUAUUGCAUCUGCAAUGCAAAAUAGAGAUAUAAGUCUUUCUAAUAUGGCUUGAGAAAACAAAACUUGCAUUAAAAUAUCUCUGUAAAUAAAAUGUAUUAAUUGCAAGUUAUUUAUACAUGUAUUGUCAGAUAAAUUGACUUGGUGACCCUACAGUAAUUAAAGUAGUUUUAACAUUUAGUAACUGAACUUUUUUUUUUGUCAUUUUGACAGGUUGUGUUCUAAGCUGCCUGGAGUUGGAUGUAAGCAUUAUAUUACAACACAGUUGUAUCUCUACAAUACAUGGACAUUUCAGUCCUUCAAAUCAGGUGCUACUCUCUGAGAAAAUGGUUGCACUGCAAAUAUAAAACGAGUAAGAAUUCUGACUGUCUUCAAGUGUUGCUCCAACAAUAAUGCGUCUUCAGAGUAUAUCGUUUACAAGUAGUUCAGCAAUAGUUUGAAGAUGUGGUUAAGCAUACUUAAGCACAGGCACUGUCUCAAACUUGGCUCCUGGAUGACUGCACAUUUUCACUCUGGCUAAUUUCGAAAUAUUGCUGUUAAUAAAACAUGUAAGACAAUUGUUUGA